AUCUCAUUUCUUCUUUUUUAUCUUAUCUUACUUACUCUACUGAACUCUCUUCACCCAAUCCAACAGACCCUGAAGAGCUCAAAGAUCAAAGCAUCAGGAAGCCAAGAAUUCAAGCGUCUGCAACCCGAGAAUCAAGAAAUUAGCAGCAACCGGGUUUCGACAUGGGCUUGAACCUGUUCCUUCUCCUAGCCAUGGUCGCCACCAACAUCCUCGCCCUCUACCACCUCUCUGCUCCCAUUCUUCAAUCCCCCAAACCCCCAGCUCCUUUACAAGUCCCUGACCAUCUUCUCCAACAAUUGCAAACCAUACGAGCCACCAUCAACCACCUCACGCGCCACCAACCUUCCACCCCCACCUCUCUUACCACCUCUCAAUCCAAGCCCACCAUCCCUGCAGAUCUCCUUCUCUAUUCCCACUUAUCCCCUAUAGCUUCGUCCUGUCACAACCACCCGGACCUUCUCCACAAUUACAUGAGCUACACUCCUUACUCUCUUUGCCCUCUUGACUCUGAUCUUGCUGAGUCUUUAAUCCUCCGCGGCUGCCACCCACUUCCCCGCCGCCGGUGCUUCUCCAAAACCCCAUCAAAAGCCCCUUCUUCUCUCCCACGAAAUCCUUUCCCUUCCUCAUUUCUCGAGUCCAACAUAAUAUGGGCUCAAUAUUCUUGCAAAUCCUUUUAUUGUCUCGCUAAACAAAGCCCGAAUCUUGAUUUUGAUAUAGGCGCUGAGAUGUCAAGGUUUAUAACUUAUAAAACAGAGCUAGAUCUCCCAAUUCCACAGCUUUUACAAGUAGCAAAAUCAGCUAAUUCUGUGAUCAGACUUGGCAUUGAUAUUGGCGGCAGCACUGGUACUUUUGCAGCAAGAAUGAAGCAGUACAAUGUGACUGUAAUCACUACCACAAUGAAUUUCAAUGCACCUAAUAAUGAAGUGGUGGCAUUGAGAGGUUUGGUGCCACUUCACAUGCCAUUACAGCAGCGUUUGCCGGUGUUUGAUGGAGUGGUGGAUCUGGUGAGGUGUGGACGUGCAGUGAACAGGUGGUUACCAUUAAAGAUGAUGGAGUUUUUGUUCUAUGAUGUGGAUAGGGUGUUGAGAGGUGGUGGCUACUUCUGGUUGGAUCAUUUCUUUAGUAAAGGGGUGGAUCUUGACAAGAUUUAUAGGCCUUUGAUUGGGAAGUUGGGUUACAAGAAGGUGAAGUGGGCAGUAGGGAAUAAGACUGAUUCAGGUGGCUUGAAGAAUGGGGAGGUUUACUUGACUGCACUUUUGCAGAAGCCCGUAGCAAGAUGAGAAUCAGAUAUUGGACUGUAGGUAACUUGUUCAUUGUAAUUUAUAAUAGUAGCCCCUUGCUGGUACAUUUUCUUUUGCAGUCUAUAAAUGCAUAUGGAUUUAGCCUUCAUUGUUCAACUUGAUGACAUUGUGCUUGGCUAAUGUAUUCAUGAUCUAAGCUGGAAAUGACUAUCCUAGUGCUAAAUGGCAUUUACAUAUUAGUUGAA